AUGUAUCCUAUAGUAUCGGAAUACGAGACGAUAACUAAAAGAAGUGGAGAACCGGAAAAAAAUUUAUCUCACAAAUAUCAAAUACAAAACCGCUUAGCGCAAGAAUAUGUUAAUCUACCCAUGAUCGGAAGACCAAAUUUCUUUAUGAGCAGACCACUCGUUCGAGCCGCAGGACUUCUUAAAGGAAACUCCACGACGGAAAUGAUCCCCGUCAGUACAUUGUCUGAAGGAAAUACAUCAAUCAUUCAACAUAGUGUCAUUGAAAUUAUUGAUGUUGGCGGUCGUCUUCACUGUCUCACUGGAUCUAUAAGUCCAUCUUGCUGGUUGAAAAUCAUCACCUUAGCAACAGAUUUUCAAAACUACAAUGUUCUGCUAAUGAUUAGCAAUGACGGACUCGUAUUAAAAGCAAUAAAAGAUAUAGCAAUAGGAGAACCGUUAUUAAUGUGGUUUGAAGAUUGUAUUUUGACUAUGUUGAACAUUCCAUUUUUAACACCGGUCAAUUGCAAUAUUCAAGGUCAGGUUUACACGUGCCAUAAUUGCAACAGCUGCUUUGAUCAUCCAAAUCCUCUGAAGCUACAUUUGGCGUUGGAUUGCAAUCAAAUGGAUAAUAGUUACAUUUGGAUGCUUCUGGCGAAUAAGAUCAUUAAUUCUCCAAAAACGAAUUUAUCCUUCAGCCAGUAUCCAAGAACAAGUUUUACAUUUGAACUAAAACCCUUGCCUGUUUCUAGACCAAUUACAUUACCAACUGGUAUUCCAACGUAUCCAGUGCAAACAAUUGACACUACCAUUCGCUCGUUAAGAAAUGAUUCGCCAUCCUCAUCGAAUCAAUUAUCAUCCAUAUCCUCAAAUGGUCCCUCACCGAUACCUCCAUAUUCCUCAGUAAAAUCUCCAACGAUAGAAGUUUUACCGAGCUCAUCAUCCUAUGAAUCACCCAUCGAACACAUAACAGAGAGAAAUCGUUAUUUGUCUUUGAGGCCUUACGAAACUUUGAUGCAUCGAGAUCUCUACAGGAAUAGUUUCAUGUCCUAUAUGCGUCCCAGCAUACAAACAGAAUCUAAGAAGGAUCCCGCUGAAGUGGAGACAAUCGCCAGUGACAUGGGCAAGUGCGGUGCUGGAUACAGAUGUAUAUUUUGCAAUAAAAUAUACUCGAGAAAAUAUGGAUUGCGAAUCCACAUUAGGACACACACAGGUUACAAGCCUCUAAAAUGUGAUUUUUGCCACCACAAAUUCGGAGAUCCCAGUAAUCUCAACAAACAUGUAAGAUUGCACGCAACAGGAGAGAGUCGUUAUAAAUGCAAUAUGUGCGAUAAAGUCUUGGUCAGAAGGAGAGACUUGGAGAGGCACAUAAAUUCCUGGCACUCGCAAAACGCUAAUGUUUCCAAUGCUGAGAUCAAUGACAGGGAUUAG